AUGAAACAGACACUUCAUCCUACUCUGAGAAACAACGCAAUGGCUCCAUUCCCAGCGUUGCUGUUCCUGGUUGCUGUGCUGAUUCCAUCCUGUCCUGCAUAUGUGUAUGAGGAUCAAGAUGUGGGUUCUCUGUCAACUCACCUACCUGAAAUCCAGGAGGAGAUCGUAGGGAAACACAAUGAACUCAGGAAAUCAGUAUCUCCAAGUGCCAGCAACAUGCUGAAGAUGAGAUGGAGUAGUGCAGCCUCCAAGAAUGCACAAAAGUGGGCAGAAAACUGCAAUUAUGCACACAGUAUGUCAUCAUUCAGAAGGACAAAUAUGAGCUGUGGAGAGAAUCUGUACAUGUCAAGCCACCUCCCCACAUGGUCAAAUGCAAUCCAAAGCUGGUAUGAUGAGGUCCAUGAUUUUACCUUUGGUGAGGGGCCAAAGGAACCUUUUGCAAUAGUUGGACAUUACACCCAGAUUGUUUGGUAUUCAUCUUUCCUUAUUGGAUGUGGAGUGGCCUACUGUCCUGAGAAUUCUCUGAAAUACUUCAUGGUUUGCCACUAUUGUCCUGCUGGUAAUUAUUUGAACAGAUAUUAUGUCCCUUAUGAUGAAGGAGAACCUUGUGCUCGUUGUCCUGAUCACUGCGAUGAUGGAUUAUGCACCAAUAGUUGUGGUUACGAAGAUCAAUAUUCUAACUGUCCUGUGUUGGCAAAAACAGCGACUUGUAAUCAUCUUGUCGUCAAAGCCAAAUGCCAGGCCACCUGCAAAUGUCAAGGCAAAAUUUAUUAAAUACCUAAUGUGCAUGAGCAGGGUUCUGUGGAGUAGGGCCCCAUCAUCUUCUAGACUUCACAUACACUAUCGGGCA